AUUUUUUUGAUAAAUAAAUAAAUAAUAUAAAUAUUUACCAGAAACGGAAACCCAAGAUUAAAGAUUAGUUUUUCCAUAAUCAUUAUUAUCUGUAAUUAUUUAAUAUGGAACCAAGAGAGACAUCGGAACUCCAGCAAUUGGUCUCUAGUGAUGCCGAAAAUGAUGAUAGUAUAAUUCAAGAUGAAACUGAAGGAAAAAUUGUAUCACCAGUGAAAAGCAGUAAAGUGAUAUCAUCCUCUGGUAAUACAAGUAGGAGUUCUAUAGUUCAUGGGCGAAAGGGCCAAACUGGGAUUACUGGUUCAAAAAUUACUUUUGUAAAUGAAAGAAAAAUAAGAGAGGGUAAUAAAAAUCCCACGGUUAGAGCUAGAAAUCCCCAUAAAGUAGAUAACACAGGUAAUUCCAAUACUAGACACCAUUCUUUUAUCUCUCAAGUUCCCGAUGUGAGGCAUAUGGAACGAGCUCUGUUAGGGCUGCUAGCUGACUUCCAUUCUGGCAAAUUACGUGCAUUCGGAAGUGGUUGCACCAUGGAACAGAUGACCAACAUCAGGGAGCAGCAAGAAAAACUUGCAAAAUUACAUUUUGAUUUAGCUUCUGCAACGGUACCUAGUCUAAAUGAAGAAGACAUCCAAAGUUCCCAAAAUACCAUGAGUCAACUUAUACAGAGAUUAGAGCAAUUGAGUGUUUCUAUUGAAGGAUUGCAUAAUAAUUCCAAUAAAUAGAAAAGCUAUUUUUUGAGUUAGUUAAAGUAAAUUGUAAGAUUUUUAAUUAAAGAUUACUAAAAGAUUCAAGAAAUAUUAAUUAAACUGCUCUCAAUUUAAUUUAUUAAACUUUUUAACCUUGGUCAAAACCAUCUUUGAAUGAAAAUCGAAGUUCUGGUAAAGAUGCUCAAGAUCUUCAGUCAUGCACUGGAAUUUAGAUGUUGACAGUAACAAAUCCAUAAAUAUACAAUGCAAUGGUUAUAAAUAUGUACCUUAAACUUUGGUUUAAAAGUAUCAAAUUAUUUUCAAUGUUUAAAUUAAUACAAUAUUAAAAACAAUAGAAAUAAAUAAAGUUAGUGAAUAUAUCUAUGACAUCUAUUUUUAUAAGUCUACUGUCACUGUCAUUGGGACACAAAUACUUCAGUACUAAUAUAGUGAAUUAGUGAAAUGAAUACACAGGAUGGAUUAUAAUGCCUAAGAAAUUGCAAAUGAUUAGAUAGGUAUGUUAUUUGAAUAAAAUUCGUACUUAAUAAAAUUAUAAAGGCCUUUUACAAUUCAUACGUCUAUUUAUUUAGCUAUUUACCUCUACUUUGAUAAUUGUGAACAUAGUUUAAUUUCUCCUAAGAUAAUGAAUAAAUAAAAAUUUUAAAUAAUGAGGUUAUAUUAAUUUUUGAACAGAUGUUAUUUUAUGAAAUGAAGUAAUGUUAAAGUAUUCAAUAUAUUAUAAUUAUUUGUAAAUAAGUAUGCAUGUUUUAUUUUGUUAUAAACUUUUAUUUCAUAAUAAAUACAUGUUCGUUAGUAUUUUUGUCUUUAAUAUAAGAAUUUUCACAAUCUUUUUUAUUAAAUUAUAUUUUUUUUAAUGCAUAUAUUGGCGCCUUAACAAAAAUUGCUUUGAUGUCAAUCUCAUCUUUAUUCUAUCUUCUUGUUUGUUGUUGCGGAAGUGGAUCAGUUCUACGCCG